AUGGAUAACUUUUAUGCACUUUGUGACUACCUGUCGCUCUCCACACUCAAGAAUCAUUGGCAAAUUGUCUUGCUGUCAGCAGUGAUCUGUACUAUCAUCUAUGAGAUCUCUCGUCUCAUCUCACCUGUCUUGUUCCCAAAGACCUUCCAGUUCUUUAAAGGAUACAAUGGUCCAAACUGGCAUGUCCAUGUGGUGUCUACAGUACAUUGUCUCAUCGUAGUUACUGGAUCCUUUUUUAUCAUGGCAGACGAUACACUAAAGAGUGACCGAGUAUUUGGAUAUGUACCAUGGGCAGCAGACAUCUACUCGGUGUCUUGUGGGUACUUUUUGUGGGAUACCUUUACAGCUCUUUAUUUCUAUAAAGAUCAGGGAAUUACUAUGGUAGUCCACGGAAUUGCAUCGUUCUCAGUGUUUAUCUUUUCAUUCUACCCAUUUGUCAAUUACUAUGGCGCUAUCUUUCUUAUGUACGAGCUGAGCACCAUCUUUUUAAACUUCAACUGGUUCAUGGAUAAACUCGGCUGGACCGGGAGCAAGAUUCAGUUGGUUAAUGGUAUUGUGUUGUUGACUACAUUCUUUUGCGCACGUAUCAUCUUUGGAUUCUACAUGUCUUUCCAGUUCUUGAUGGAUAUUUAUGCCGUAAGAGAUCGUGUUCCGUUAAGACUAUGGAUUGUAUACGGUGUUGCUGAUGUCGUUACAAUGGGUCUUAAUGUGUACUGGUUUGGCUUGAUGGUAAAGAUGCUACGAAAGAGGUUUUCUGGGGCAUUUACCAAACACGCAUAA